AUGCAGGUCAGCACAAGGAAUACAUCGACUCGGCCCAUCAUCGGACCGGGUCGCCAUCAAAUGCCAUCACAGCUUCACUUCUACCGUCCCGCGCAAAUGAGUUUGUUUGCACGUGUGACGUGCUAUCCGCCUCUGGGGCAGGUCACUGGUAUACCAAGGGUACAGAAGACAUUGCAGUCGGAAAAGGAUGACACGCUUCGCUUUACUGUGGUAAUUGAGUCAAGCAGCUUAUUCCCAGAACAGCCAUGGGAGGCCCAGAUUUGGCAUAAUCUCGGUAGCACCGAAUGGACCGCACUCCCGCUGAAGAAAUGUGAGCCCAUUGUAGCUCCUCUGAUGAACGGGGACGAGGAGGAUUACAAGUACCGUCGCUAUGUCUUCUCCGAGGAAAUCGCUCUCCCUGCUACCGCGGGCUAUGCCCAGUUCACGGUUCGAUUUCGAGCCACCCCAGAGGCCGAAUGGCAAUGGGCCAACCAACAACGUCAUAUCAAUGAUGGGGAGCUGGUAUUUCCGGCGCGGAAUUCUCAGUUCGACACGGGUGUUUCUACUACGGAUCCCGCUCGGGCACCGUCGUAUAGUCCUUCUGCGAUGACAUAUGGAAGUACCUCAACAACUUCAGAGAAAGAGGGGUUUGACAAGUUCUUUGAUAAUCUCUCGACUGAGGUCGAGGUCGAGUCGCGUACGAGUGAGGCCCCUGCUUCUCUUUUGUGGAGUCUUUCUGGAUCGGUAGAAGCUGCCAAAGAGGGCGAGUCGGGGCUCAAGCGAGUCGCUUUGGGCAAACCAUCCUCAAUCGCGCGUUAUUUUGCCCUAGUACGGGUAUGGAUUCCAUGGCUUGGGCCUAGACAUGGGAAGAAGAAUUUCAGCUUGACAGAGGAUGCCGUAUUGUGUUCCUUCCUGCGGACUGACGGUUCCCAUUUGGUUCUUCUGGCGGUCUCAGGGAUUAGCGAUGUCCUGACUGUGCUUGCUUCGAACGAGAAAGGGGAAGUCGUGAUUAAGGCCAAGUGUGAUCACACUGAAGCAAGCAAGUUCCAGGUUCUUGCUUCUGCCGCCGAUGACUUCGAAGUAGCAAUGAGCGCUGUCAUAUACGAAGCUCGGAAAAUGGUCAGGCCGUACGCUACGGAGGUAUUGUCUGAUCGAUCACCGACUCCAGUCUCGCCCGUGGACAACGAUAUUGUGGUGGUAGAAAAGGACCCUCAGGCGCAAUGGAUGUCGGAGUGGUAUGAUGGGCUAAGUUACUGUACUUGGAACGGGCUGGGGCAGAACCUGACCGAAGAAAAAAUCCUUUUCGCUCUUGACUCCUUGAAGGAGCAGGGAAUCAAAAUUCAAAAUCUGAUUAUAGAUGACAAUUGGCAGGCUCUCGACAACGAAGGCGAGUCACAGUUCAAGAGGGCGUGGACACGGUUUGAGGCAGAUCCCAAAGCCUUCCCGCAGGGAUUUAAACGAGGCAUAGAGACCAUCCGCCAGAAGCAUCGGAAUAUUCAGCAUAUCGCAGUCUGGCAUGCCCUCUUUGGAUACUGGGGUGGAAUUUCGCCCAACGGGGAUCUUGCCCGAACGUACAAGACCAAAGAGGUGCAGAUUACGGAUCCGGCCACAGGAGGGCCCGUUGCGAACGCCUUUGAGAAGGGGUCAUUGCUGGCCAUCGACCCUGAAGAUAUCCAGCGCUUUUAUGAUGAUUUCUACAGCUUUCUAACAUCUGUUGGUGUGGAUUCGGUCAAAACAGACGCCCAGUUCUUCCUUGACCUGCUGAAAGACCCCGAGGACCGCAGACGGUUUAUGAACGCUUACCAGGACGCAUGGUCCAUUUCCUCACUAAGUCACUUCAGUACAAGGGCAAUCUCGUGCAUGUCCAUGAUCCCGCAAGCCAUCUUUCACUCCCAGCUCCCAACGAACAAGCCUCAGAUUGCUCUGCGCAACUCAGAUGACUUCUUCCCGGAGAUCCCGGCAUCUCACACAUGGCAUGUAUUUUGCAACGCACACAAUGCCCUCUUGACACGGUACCUCAACGUUCUGCCAGACUGGGACAUGUUCCAGACGUGCCAUCCCUACGCUUCGUUCCAUGCAGCUGCACGAUGCCUCUCAGGCGGUCCGAUAUACAUCACCGACGAGCCCGGUAACCAUGGCCUACCGGUCAUCAACCAGAUGACCGGGCCCACUAUUCAUGGAUCAACAGUCAUCCUCAGACCUAGCAUCGUGGGACGCACGCUAGACAUGUACCACGAUUACAACGAAGGCAACAUCCUCCGCAUUGGCACGUACACUGGGUGGGCCAAGACAGGCAGCGGCAUUCUGGGACUCUUCAACAUCCACGCCGCGGGAUCAUCUUGCAUCGUACCCUUGCGCGAUUUCCCGGGCAUUCAUGCAGGCUCAGAUGGCCAGUACAUCAUCCGCGCGCACACAAGCGGCAAAAUCACCGAGCUGAUGCAUCCCUCCGACGACAAGGCCCUCGUAUCCGUUGUACUCGAGCAGAAAGAAUGGGAGAUUCUCACGGCCUACCCCACCAAAUCCUUUACCCUCAGAGGGAGUAGAGGCUGCAACGCGGAUGGCUCCAGGCUCACCCACGUCGCUAUCUUGGGUUUGCUGGGUAAGAUGACUGGCGCAGCCGCCGUGGCGAACAGUGAUAUCAUCAUGGCGGAGAACGGCCGGCUGCGUUUCGACGUCAGCCUUAAAGGUCUGGGGACUCUGGGUAUUUACUUUUCUGACCUGCAGGAUUGGAGUAUUGCUCGAAACUUCAUGGUGACCAUCCGUGGCCGGGCUGUGCCAAGAAAGACGGUCUGGAAGGAAGGAGGUGCCCAUGCUAAGGUUCUAGCGGUUGAUGUUCAGGCGGCGUGGAAGGCAAUGGGAUUGGAUAGUGGAUGGAGCAAUGAGGUCCUCGUGCAGGUCUUUGUUGGAUGA